CUCCUGGCCGGCGUGGUCGACCGCGCCGGGGUCGACCAGGGUGCCGCAGUGAAGCCGUGCAAGCGCUCUCUGGUGUCGAUGCCAGCGGUUGGGGAGAGCUCUGCUCCGCUGACCUCGGUGGCCGGUGAGCUGGAGAGGGACUUGCUACAACGGCCUGCAGAGACGACGCUGGCAGGCCCCGACGACCCGGGUUGGAGGUCUGAGAAGAUGAGUUUGAUCAUGCCCUACAUGGACGAGGCGCGGACCUUCGUGAGCGGUCUCGAAGGGCUGAGCGAUCGCGAGCCUGUCUGGCCCAUGAUUCGGUCUGUUCCUACGGGGUGGAGCCGGGCGUUCUAUGUUGGCCAGAAGAUCUUGGAGAACCUCAUCGACGAGGCGCUGAGGCGCUUCGCUCAGUGCGCCCUGCUGAGGGGUGUCGGGCCGAUUCCGGACGUCGCUUCGGAGCUGGGCGCGCUGCCGCACUGCGACAACCUCAACGUCUUUGGCCUGGACAAGAGCGCCGUGCAGCUGGUCAAGGACAGGGUGGUCUCUCACCUGAGGGCGAGAUGCUUCCCCGUCCACGAGGAGGUCGACGCCUCGGUGAGGGUCACCUCCCUCGGCUGGUGCAUCGGCGGCGACAGGUGGAGCGUCUGCAACAAGCCUGAGCGGGCAGAGCGGCUCGCGAAGGUUUGCAGCGUCAUCGAGAGUGGUGCCCGUCUCUCGGGCCAUCCAGUACAGAGGUGGGCUGGCCACGUCGUAGACUUCUUCCUGAUUCGCAGGGAGGGCUUGGCCGCCCUCAGGUCCACCUACGACUUCAUUGACAAGGUUGGCUCGGGCAGGCAACGAGCGUGGCCGUCGCUGCGCAAGAGCGCACUCGGAAAACUGGGCGUCUUCCCGGACCCCAGCUCCGUCAUCCCAGAAGGUUCAGGAGGCUCCUUGGAGAUGCUCGAGAAGAGCCCGCACUUCCAGGAGGCCCCCGAUAGCAUGCUCAAGGAGGAAAUCUGGAGAGGGGAUAUCUCUACGAGGUUCAGGGACGUCGAGGGGAUGCCCGCUCUGGAGGCGAGGGCUAUUGUCAUGGGCGUCAGGCGCGGUCUCAGGUCCAUCGAGGGGUUCAAGAGGCCCCACCUCAUCAUGGGGGACCAGCUGGGCAACGCCAUGGCCUUUGGGAAGUCGCGGGCUGCGUCCUUCUCCAUCCUCAACCUCAUCCGUCGUGCCUCGGCUCUGGCCUUAGCUAGCUGUGCCAAGUGGCAUUUUCAUUGGGUGCCUUCUGAGAAGAACACCGCGGAUGCCGCCGCCCUCGUCGAGAGGCGCGGCGCGGACGGCGGUGGCCACGCGCUCGUCAGGGAUCACCUCGCGACUGCAUCGCGAGGCCGCUGGAGUGCCGCUGCCGCAGCUGGAAGCAGCCGAAGCGAGAGGAGGUCCAAGAGGGCCGCGACCUUCGGCACAUUCGAACCUCCGGCUGCAGCAGGCCAGGUUCCCAUUCCGGAGUCGCAUGCCAUUGCGAGCGCGACGGAGGGCCUCUACAAUGUUUGGUUCAAGGAGCUCCUGGCCUAUACGAUCUCGAUCGGGUGCGCCCUGGACUCCGUGAAGAGCGUCGACGCUGCCAUGACGGACUUCGCGGACUAUCUAUUUCUAGAGGGCUUCGAGAAGGCCGACCUGCUCAAGGCGCACGCCGCGGCGGCCUGCGUCGCUCCGGCGCCCAUCCCGCGGGGGAUCGCGUGCUGGAUCGCCAGGCAGUUGGCCGAGAAGCUGAACUCGGUCGUCGCUUGCCUGGCCGCCCUCGCGACGUUUACCGCGCACCUGCGCAGUCGGUGGUGGGCUCUGAACCUCCACCCGGCCGCGCGUGGCCACAAGUCGAAGAUCGGCCUCUUCGACGAGGUCAUCCUGCUGGACGCGAAGUACCUGCCAGGCCUCGGCGCCGCGGUGGCGACGCUCGAGACGGGCGACCCUGGGAAGAAGCUGUUCGACAUCGAGCCCUCGGCCCUCCUGGCGCUCUGGGAGGCAGCGACGCGCCCGCUAGGUUUCCCGGCCGACGCCAAGUGCGUGCAGUGCCAGCUCCGGCACGGCGGCCCCUCCCACGACCGCCCCGCGGGCUGCCGCGCGCUGCCGGAGAUCCAGCGCCGAGGCCGAUGGCUGGCCGAGGGCGCGACGAGGCGCUACGAGGCGAGCGCAAGGGUUCAGCAGGAGUGGACUCGCCUCUCGGACGACCAACAGGGCCUCGCCCGCAGGGCAGUCGCCUGGAUCGAAGAUCGGGUGCGCUCGCUGCCCCUGCCCGCCGCCAGGCCGCCUUCUAGCCGCGCUGCGUCCUCAACCUGCGCCGGGUGCGCGGGCGUCAGCCAGGCGCUCGCGCGCAAUAGCAUCGAAGGCUCCGCGCGGGACGCCCUCUUCAGCCAAGAGGCCGACCUUGCGAGCCUGGACAAGAUGAGGUGGCUGGCCAGGCGCGCGACGCAGUGCGGCAUGGCGCAGCAUCGGCGCCAGCUGGCCGCGGCAGGCUGGAGGCAGGGCCUGGCGGCUCGCUGCCUCGGAGUGCGGGUCGCCAUCGCAUGUGCGACGUGGUCCAGGGUUCGCGACCUGCCGCCCAGACCGAAGAUCCGCGAU